AUGGCAGCUUCACCAACUACCACAGCAGUUGCACCAACAACCACAACAGCUGCACCAACAACCACAACACAAGCACCUUCAACCACAAAACAAGCGCCAACCUGCACCAACAACCACAACACAAGCACCAACAACCACAACACAAGCACCAACAACCACAAAUACUGCACCAACAGCCACUACAGCUGCACCAACAUCCAAUACAGCUGCACAAACAACCACAACAGCUGCACCAACAUCCACUACAGCUGCUCCAUCAACCAGAACAGCUACACCAACAACCACGACAGCUGCAUCAACAACCACAACUGUUUUACCAACAGCCACCACAGUUUCACCAACAACCACGACAGCUACACCAUCAUCCACUACAGCUGCACCAACAUCCACUACAGCUACACCAACACCCACUACAGCUGCACCAACAUCCACUACAGCUGCACCAACUACCACGACAUCUGCACCAACAACCACGACAGCUUCACCAACUACCACAGCAGUUGCACCAACAACCACAACAUCUGCACCAACAACCACGACAGCUGCACCAACAACCACGACUACUCUGCACCAACAACCACAACACAAGCACCAACAUCCACAAAUACUGCACCAACAGCCACUAAAGUUGCACCAACAACCACGACAGCUACACCAACAUCCACUACAGCUGCACCAUCAUCCACAACAGCUGCAUCAAAAUCCGCUACACCAACAUCCACUACAGCUGCACCAACCACCACGACAUCUGCACCAACAACCAUGACAGCUUCACCAACUACCACAGCAGUUGCACCAACAACCACAACAGCUGCACCAACAACCACAACACAAGCACCAACAACUACGACAUUUGUACCAACAACCACAACCCAAGCACAAACAACCACGCCAGCUGCACUAACAACCACAACAGCUGCACCAACGUCCACUACAGCUGCACCAACAUCCACUACAGCUGCACCAACUACCACGACAUCUGCACCAACAACCAUGACAGCUUCACCAACUACCACAGCAGUUGCACCAACAACCACAACAGCUGUACCAACAUCCACAACCGAUGCCCCAACUACCACAACACAAGCGCCAACCUCCAUAGCAGUUGCACCAACACCCACAACAGAUGCACCAACAACCACAACUCAAGCACCAACAACCACGACAGCUGCACCAACAACCACCACCACCAACAACCACAACACAAGCACCAACAACCACAACACAAGCACCAACAACCACAAAUACUGCACCAACAGCCACUACAGCUGCACCAACAUCCACUACAGCUCUGCACAAACAACCACAACAGCUGCACCAACAUCCACUACAGCUGUUCGAUCAACCACGACAGCUUCACCAACUACCACAGCAGUUGCACCAACAACCACUGCACAAGCACCAACAACCACAAUCCAAGCCCCAACCUCCACAGCAGUUGCACCAACAACCACAACAGCUGCAUCAACAACCACAACACAUGCACCAAAAACCACAACACAAGCGCCAACCUCCACAGCAGUUGCACCAACAACCACAACAGUUGCGCCAACAACUACUACAGCUGCACAAACAACCACGAAAGCUGCACCAACAACCACAACAGUUGCACCAACAACCACGACAACUGCACCAACAACUACAACAGCUGCACCAACAACCACAACAGUUGCACCAACAACCACAACAGCUGCACCAACAACCACAACACAUGCACCAAAAACCACAACACAAGCGCCAACCUCCACAGCAGUUGCACCAACAACCACAACAGUUGCGCCAACAACCACAACAUCUGCACCAACAACCACGACAGCUGCACCAACAACCACGACUACUGUACCAACAACCACAACAGCUGCAACAACAACCACAACAGCUGCACCAACAUCCACAACAGCUGCACCAACUACCACGACAUCUGCACCAACUACCACGACAUCUGCACCAACAACCACGACAGCUGCACCAUCAUCCACUACAGCUGCACCAUCAUCCACUACAGCUGCACCAACUACCACGACAUCUGCACCAACAACCACGAGUGUUGCACCAACAACCACUACAGCUGCACCAACUACAACAGCAGUUGCACCAACCACCACAACAGCUGCACAAACAACCACAACAGCUGCCCCAACAACCACAACACAAGCACCAACAACCACGACAGCUGCACCAACAACCACGACAGCUACACAAACAUCCACUACAGCUGCACCAAUUACCACGACAUCUGCACCAACAACCACGACAGCUGCACCAACUACCACAGCAGUUGCACCAACAACCACAACAGCUGCACCAACAACCACGACAGCUGCACCAACAACCCUGCACCAACAACCACAACACAAGCACCAACAUCCACAAAUACUGCACCAACAGCCACUAAACUGCACCAUCAUCCACAACAGCUGCAUCAAAAUCCGCUACACCAACAUCCACUACAGCUGCACCAACCACCACGACAUCUGCACCAACAACCAUGACAGCUUCACCAACUACCACAGCAGUUGCACCAACAACCACAACAGCUGCACCAACAACCACAACACAAGCACCAACAACUACGACAUUUCUGCACCAACAUCCACUACAGCUGCACCAACUACCACGACAUCUGCACCAACAACCAUGACAGCUUCACCAACUACCACAGCAGUUGCACCAACAACCACAACAGCUGUACCAACAUCCACAACCGAUGCCCCAACUACCACAACACAAGCGCCAACCUCCAUAGCAGUUGCACCAACACCCACAACAGAUGCACCAACAACCACAACUCAAGCACCAACAACCACGACAGCUGCACCAACAACCACCACGUCUGCACCAACAACCACGACAGCUGCACCAACAACCACGACAGCUGCACCAAAAACCACGACUGCUGCACCAACAACCACGACAGCUGCACCAUCAACCACGACAGCUGCACCAACAACCACAAGACCUGCACCAAAAACCACUAAACCUGCACCAACAACCACUAAACCUGCAUCAACAACCACAACAGCUGCACCAACAACCACAACACAAGCACCAACAACCACAACACAAGCACCAACAACCACAACACAAGCACCAACAACCACAAAUACUGCACCAACAGCCACUACAGCUGCACCAACAUCCACUACAGCUGCACAAACAACCACAACAGCUGCACCAACAUCCACUACAGCUGCUCCAUCAACCACAACAGCUGCACCAACUACCACAACAUCUGCACCAACAACCACUACAGCUGCACAAACAACCACAACAGCUGCACCAACAUCCACUACAGCUGUUCGAUCAACCACGACAGCUUCGCCAACUACCACAGCAGUUGCACCAACAACCACUGCACAAGCACCAACAACCACAAUCCAAGCCCCAACCUCCACAGCAGUUGCACCAACAACCACAACAGCUGCAUCAACAACCACAACACAUGCACCAAAAACCACAACACAAGCGCCAACCUCCACAGCAGUUGCACCAACAACCACAACAGUUGCGCCAACAACUACUACAGCUGCAAAAACAACCACGAAAGCUGCACCAACAACCACAACAGUUGCACCAACAACCACGACAACUGCACCAACAACUACAACAGCUGCACCAACAACCACAACAGUUGCACCAACAACCACAACAGCUGCACCAACAACCACAACACAUGCACCAAAAACCACAACACAAGCGCCAACCUCCACAGCAGUUGCACCAACAACCACAACAGUUGCGCCAACAACUACUACAACUGCACCAACAACUACAACAGCUGCACCAACAACCACAACAGCUGCACCAACAACCACAACACAUGCACCAAAAACCACAACACAAGCGCCAACCUCCACAGCAGUUGCACCAACAACCACAACAGUUGCGCCAACAACUACUACAGCUGCACAAACAACCACGAAAGCUGCACCAAAAACCACAACACAAGCGCCAACCUCCACAGCAGUUGCACCAACAACACCAACAGUUGCGCCAACAACUACUACAGCUGCACCAACAUCCACUACAGCUGCUCCAUCAACCACAACAGCUGCACCAUCAUCCACUACAGCUGCACCUACUACCACGACAUCUGCACCAACAACCACGACAGCUGUACCAUCAUCCACUACAGCUGCACCAUCAUCUACUACAGCUGCACCAACUACCACGACAUCUGCACCAACAACCAUGACUGUUGCACCAACAACCACGACAGCUGCACCAACUGCAAAAGCAGUUGCACCAACCACCACAACAGCUGCACUAACAACCACAACACAAGCACCAACAACCACGACAGCUGCACCAACAACCACGACAGCUACACCAACAUCCACUACAGCUGCACCAACAACCACGACAGCUGCACCAACUACCACAGCAUUUGCACCAACAACCACGACAGCUGCACCAACAACCACGACAGCUGCACCAACAACCACGACAGCUACACCAACAUCCACUACAGAUGCACCAACAUCCACUACUGCUGCACCAUCUACCACGACAUCUACACCAACAACCACAACAGCUGCACCAACUACCAGAGCAGUUGUACCAACAACUACAACAGCUGCACCAACAACCACGACACCUGCACCAGCAACUUCACCAACAACCACGACAGCUUCACCAACAACCACGACAGCUUCACCAACUACCACAGCAGUUGCAGCAACAACCACAACAGCUGCACCAACAACCACAACACAAGCACCAACACCUACGACAGUUGUACCAACAAUCACAGCCCAAGCACCAACAUCCACUACAGCUGCACUAACAUCCACAACAGAUGCACCAACUACCACGAAAGCUGGACCAACAACCACGACUACUGCACCAACAACCACAAAAGUUGCACCAACAACUACUACAGCUACACCAACAUCCACUACAGCUGCACCAUCAUCCACUACAGCUGCACCAACUACCACGACAUCUGCACCAACUACAACGACAUCUGCACCAACAACCAUGACAGCUGCACCAACUACCACAGCAUUUGCACCAACAACCACCACAGCUGCACCAACAACCACGACAGCUACACCAACAUCCACUACAGCUGCACCAACAUCCACUACUGCUGCACCAUCUACCACGACAUCUGCACCAACAACCACAACAGCUGCACCAACAACCUCAACACAAGCACCAACAACCACAACACAAUUGCGCCAACAACUACUAAAGCUUCAACAACAACCACAACACAAGCACCAACAACCACGACAGCUGCACAAUCAACCACGACAGCAGCACCAACAACCACAACACAAGCACCAACAACCACAACACAGGCACCAACCUCCACAGCAGUUGCACCAACAACCACAACAGCUCUACCAACAACCACAACACAAGACAGCUGCACCAACAACCACAACUCAAGCACCAACAACCACGAAUACUGCACCAACAGCCACUACAGCUGCACCAACAUCCAAUACAGCUGCACCAUCAUCCACUACAGCUGCACCAACAUCCACUACAGCUGUACCAAGUACCAAGACAUCUGCACCAACAACCACAACAGCUGCACCAACAACCACAACACAAACACCAACACCUACGACAGUUGUACCAACAAUCACAGCCCAAGCACCAACAACCACAACAGCUGCACCAACAACCACAACACAAACACCAACUACCACGAAAGCUGCACCAACAACCACGAAUACUGCACCAACAGCCACUACAGCUGCACCAACAUCCAAUACAGCUGCACCAUCAUCCACUACAGCUGCACCAACAUCCACUACAGCUGUACCAAGUACCACGACAUCUGCACCAACAACCACAACAGCUGCACCAACAACCACAACACAAGCACCAACUACCACAGCAGUUACACCAACAAUCACAACAGCAGCACCAACAACCACAACACAAGCACCAACACCUACGACAGUUGUACCAACAAUCACAGCCCAAGCACCAACGUCCACUACAGCUGCACCAACAUCGACAACAGAUGCACCAACUACCACGAAAGCUGCACCAACAACCACGACUACUGCACCAACAACCACAACAGUUGCACCAACAACUACUACAGCUACACCAACAUCCACUACAGCUGCACCAUCAUCCACUACAGCUGCACCAACUACCACGACAUCUGCACCAACAACCAUGACUGUUGCACCAACAACAACGACAGCUGCACCAACUACAACAGCAGUUGAACCAACAACCACAACAGCUGCACCAACACCUACGACAGUUGUUCCAACAACCACAGCCCAAGCACCAACAUCCACUACAGCUGCACCAACAUCCACAACAGAUGCACCAACUACCACAACAUCUGCACCAACAACCACGACAGCUUCACCAACUACCACAGCAGUUGCACCAACAACUACAACAGCUGCACCAACAACCAAAACACAAGCACCAACAACCAAAACACAAGCACCAACAACCACAACACAAGCGCCAACCUCCAUAGCAGUUGCACCAACAACCACGACAGCUGCACCAACAACCACCACAUUUGCACCAACAACCACGACAGCUGCACCAACAACCACGACAGCUGCACCAACAACCACGACAGCUGCACCAUCAACCGUUGCACCAACAACCACUACACAAGCACUAACAACCACAAUCCAAGCGCCAACCUCCACAGCAGUUGCACCAACAACCACAACAGCUGCACCAACAACCACAACACAAGCACCAACAACCACAACACAAGCGCCAACCUCCACAGCAGUUGCACCAAGAACCACAACAGCUGCACCAACAACCACAACACAAGCACCAACAACCACAACAGUUGCGCCAACAACUACUACAGCUGCACAAACAACCACGACUGCUGCACCAACAACCACAACUGCACCAACAACCACUACAGCUGCACCAACAUCUACUACAGCUGCACCAACAACCACGACAGCUGCACCAACAACCAUGACUGUUGCACCAACAACAACGACAGUUCCACCAACAACCACGACAGCUACACCAACAUCCACUACAGCUGCACCAUCAUCCACUACAGCUGCACCAUCAUCCACUACAGCUGCACCAACAUCCACUACAGCUACACCAACAUCCUCUACAGCUGCACCAAUAUCCUCUUCAGCUGCACCAACUACCACUACAUCUGCACCAACAACCACGACAGCUUCACCAACUACCACAACACAAGCACCAACAUCUAUGACAUUUGAACAAACAACCACAACCAAAGCACAAACAACCACGACAGCUGCACCAACAACCACAGCAGCUACACCAACAUCCACUACAGCUGCACCAACAUCCACUACCGCUGCACCAACUACAAUGACAUCUGCACCAACUACCACAGCAGUUGCACCAACAACCACAACACAAGCACCAACAACCACAACAGCUCUGCACCAACAACCACGACAGCUGCACCAACAACCACAACACAAGCAACAACAACCACAACAAAAGCACAAACAACCCCAACAGCUGCACCAACAUCCAUUACAGAUGCUCCAUCAACCACAACAGCUGCACCAACAACCACUACAGCUGCACCAGCAACCAUGA